CUCACUGACGCCUGUGUCUGUUACUGCCGGGGGUGCUGCAAUCCCGAAGGGUGGGUGUUUCCUAGGUAAGGGCGGAAGGGUUGAACCCCAACGCGCGGGGUGGGGAAAAGAUGCUCUCGUGCAGGGGCGCCAGCGAUCUUCGCUUUCCGGGUUCAUUAAUUCUUCUCUUUCUGUCGUAGAAUAAACAAAUAAAUGUUCGGUUUCAAAACAUAAAUCACAGAGCUGUUGUUUCUAGGAAGUUGUUGCUUUCCUGUGAGCUGUACCCAUUGUUUAUUUAACACUGAACAUUCUGUUUUUGAAUCAAAGGUAGUUGAAAUUUUUUGCCGUUCGUUUUAACAUUUUAUUCUUCGGAAUGAUGGAUUUCCUUUUGGCGAUAGGAACGGAAAUGUUUACGGAAGAAAUGUUUUUAAGAGAAGUGAAUAGAAAUAAGCCAUUUUGAGGAAGCCAUGGCAAAAUCAAUUACAAAGCACAGAGUUUGUUCUCGGCAAUCUUCGGUAUCUUCUCUGUUAGCAAGCUACAGCCUGAGUGGUAGUAAUUCCUCUAACUCUGAUGGCUCGUUUCAGUAUAAGGAUAAACUGUAUAGUUCUGCAUCUCAGGCUCUACAGGCCUAUAUUGAUGAUUUUGAUUUAAGCCAAAUGUAUCCUGGUGCAAGCACUGGAAAGAUUAACAUUGAAAGACGUUCCGCUAAUAUGCCAGAAUUCUCCAACUAUAUUUAUAAACCAAAGAAUGCUUUUGAAAAUCUUGAUCCCAAAAAAUGCUCCUCUUCAUCCUGUAGAAGAAAGACUGUUAAUGACAUAGACUCCAUUAGCCUAACAACUGAUGAUCUAUUAAAACUUCCAGCAGAUGGAUCAUUUUCUUUAACUUGCAUUGGAUCAAGUCACCGAAUUAGCAAGAAAAACAAGAAAUGCAUUCGAAGACUGAGUUCAUCGGAUACUGAAAAGAAUCAAAAUUUUCAAGAACCUUCUAUUCCCAUGUGCAAAGAUAACUUAGUUACUCCUGUUGUAUACACAAAUAUAAAUGGAAAGCAACGUGGUAGGCUAAAAAACCCAAAACUUGUGAAUAAGACUAAUAAGUGGGUUUCUGAACCAUCUUUAUCAUUUUUCAAGAAGUUGUCUUUCAAAGACAGUUCAGAACACAAACUUGAAAAGAAUUACCCAAGAUGGCUCACUAGCCAGAAAUCUGACCUUAAUGUUUCAGGAAUAACUAGUCUACCUGAUUUCACAUACCCAGUCUGGCUCCACCAUCAAGACUUGCUACCUGAUACAAAUAGUCAAAGGAUUUCUAAAAUAUUUAAAGAAGAUCAGUGUUCCCCUAGACAUAGUUACCAGGCACAAAGAACUUCUCGACUUAUGAAUAAAUUAGAUAGUUUUGAAUAUUCUUUUGAACCCUCAAACAUUUCAGACUCCUUGAGUGAUGAUAAAGGAUUAAUUAAUGAAUAUAAAUGUGAUUCUGAACAUAGCCAGUGUCAAUGUGAGAAUCCACUUCUCCCAGGACAAACCAAAAAGCCAUUCAGUGGUGACAAAAUUGAAUUGCUUAUCCUGAAGGCCAAGAGAAAUCUAGAGCAUUGUACUAAAGAGUUACCGAAGUCUACAAAGAAGGAUGAUAGUCCUUGUUCAUUAGAUAAACUUGAAGCAGAAAGAUCAUGGGAAAAUAUUCCUGUUACUUUCAAAUCUCCUGUUCCUGUUAAUUCUGAUGAUAGUCCUCAACAAACUUCAAGGCCAAAGUGUGCUAAAGGGUUCCUUGAAGAUUUUUUAAAUAAUGAUAAUCAGAGCUGUACCCUUUCUGGAGGGAAACAUCAUGGUCCUGUUGAAGCACUGAAACAAAUGUUAUUUAAUCUUCAAGCAGUACAAGAAAGUUUUAAUCAGAAUAAAACAGCAGAACUGAAAGAAGAGAUUAAGCAAGUUUCAGAAGAUAAUUUCUCUAAAUUACAGUUGAAGGAAAGUAUGGUUCCUAUUACUAGGUCACUUCAAAAGGCUUUGCACCAUUUAUCUCGCCUGAGAGACCUGGUUGAUGAUACCAGUGGGAAACAGUCACCGAAAAUGUGAAGAGGAAAAUAAAACAGUCCAACCAAUAAAUAGUCAUCACAGAACAAAGAUGUAUUUUUUUUCCUGUUCCUUAAACUGACAAAGAAAUUAUAAGCCAUACAUUAUUCUGUGAUUGGUUCAAGUAUUAUAUAUUUUUUAAAAAACAAACUUGAAAAUAUGCAUAGGUUUUGUGACCUAUCCUCAUUUAAUGCCAAAAUACCAGAAUGUGAACUGGAAGGACCCAUACUGUGUCCUACAGUCUGACUUUGGUCUUCAGGCCAGCAAAUGUCCAAUAUUCAAAGGUGGAUGAUGUCUGUUAUUGAAGCUUAUGUGCACUUAAUCUUCUUGAGCAUCCUCAUCAUUUUAUCAUCUAGUUCUAGAUUAUUAAGAAACUCUUCCUUGUUUCUAUCCAAAAUCUCUUAAGUAGACAUUUUGAUAUAAUUAGCAUCUCCAUUUAAGUAGGCUAGAGGAAUAUCAAAAUUGUUCUUGUGUAUCUUAUCCAUAUAG